AUGGCAACCAUAGAGGAGGCCGUUGAGGAAGUGCCAUUGACGGAGCAACCUCCGUCUGUUGGUACGGCUGGUGAUGAGGAAGAGAAGCCUGAAAGCUCACCUGAACCAGAUUUGGAAACUGAAAAGAAAGAUGAAGAAUCUGAACCUAUCGUCAACGCUGCGGCACCCCCUGCAGGGUGCCCCAAGUUCUUAGUGGACCGCGGGUUGGCCGAAGAAAGGGCACGGCAAGCUAUGGAAGACGCACAACACCGGGUCAAGAAAGUGGCCGUAAUGAUUUGCGUUGUUACGGUUCUCUUCAUUUUCUUGGGUGUAGUGUUGUUUUUCUGUUUCGCGCCGAUGUUCAUUUGCCUGAGCCUCACUUUUGUGUUGCUGGGUCUGCUUAGCGGCGUACUCGGUCUCCCAAGCGUGUGCUGCAAAAACCGCGUAGGAUCAAUUUUAUACAUGGUCCUUGGUGUCAUACUCAUUCUGUAUCUCUUCGCGACCUGGGUAUAUUACGCGUACAUGUUCUACAGAGCAUCACUCACAGCGAUUGCAUCUGGGGAAGACAAAGUCAAUACUUGGGUGGAAGACACGACUGGUGGUCUGAUACCUCAGGGAGGUGGAGGCAUAUUUGAUAUUGGCAGUCAUCUUGGCAAUCUAAAUAAGCUUCCUAAUUUGGAAGACUUGGGGGCCCUCAAGGACUAUUUUGAAAGCCUUGGCAAGGACGACCCAAACAUCGGAGCACUAAUUGGCGGCAUUGCAACCGCCGCGUUGCUGGAGGAGUGCAGGGACGGUAUAGAAAAUGGGGGAUCGGACUACAUGGAUAGCGUCCAGUCUACUUUCCUUGCAAUGGCAUCCUACGGUCAAAUGUGCAACUACUCGCAUCACAAGAUUCUGCACUUCAGAAAGUGGGAAUACAGCUGCAAGGAGACCUGCGGCUUUGAUAUGUUGGCUGUCGGGCACAAGCUGAAACCGACUGAACCAGAAGAUGUGAAGGUCCUCGUACAAUGGGCAGAGAAGCUUUCUCAACUGCCUGCACACCAACGGGUUGCAUGUUAUGCUGAUUCUCUUACCACUGCAUGUGCGGCAGAGAACACGUACUAUGUAUACGUUAUUCUUGGUGUGAUUGGUCUAUUCUUGUUGUGCGGGUGCUGUGGCUGUUUGUGCUGCCUUCCUAACACACUGAAGUAUACAAGGGGGUAUGUGAAGGCGCUCAAGAAGCAUCAUAUCGCUGUCCGGGACAUCAAAGCAGCAGAAGCGUGUGCGGAAGCUAAUGGCCCGUAG